GAGAGUUGCUGGAGAAGAAGCCAGAGAUGGACAUGGUCAAACUACAAGGUAUUCUUGUUUCCGCGUUGGCUCAUGAGGACAUUAUAAGAGAGUACAUUCCUACCUGGAUGAAUGUGCUUGGGCAUAUUGAUGAUACUGCUGAAGAGUACCUGCGUGUACAUACUGUCCUUGAAAAACUAGUAGCCCUGACCAGAAGCACCGCCAAGAAUCCUACUGCUUUGACUGACCUGGACACGCUGCAGAAUAUACUAGAAGUGACCAAGGCAAAUCAAACUGAGGCUCUGUGGCUGGAGGCAAAGAGUCCAGAGGAAAGAAAAGGUCUUGCUAAGCAGUGGAGUCUGGAGAUGCUAGCUGCAGUGGAGACAUGGACACAAAAUCAGCAGAAAGGAGGUUUUAAAACACAUGUCUUCCUACUUAUCCAAAAAAUCCUUCCUCUGAUUGUGAAAUGGGAGUGGGGAACUACCGAAAACUACCUCUACCAACACCAAGAUCCCACCAUUCCGCCUUGCCUACACACGAAAGAGAGAUUCCACCUGAUCGAUGCUGGGAUGGUGGUUAAUGUACCCUACCCUGUAUUUCUGGGGGACAAGAGAGACAUUGACCUCAUGAUCGCACCAGAGUACAGCGCUGGAAACAUGUUUGAGACCCUGACUCUUGCCAGAGACUAUGCAGCUGAGGUGAAGAAGCCUUUCCCAGAGAUAGACGACAAAAUCCUGGAGGAGAGAGACUGGCCAAAGGACUGCUAUGUGUUUGAAGGAAAAGAGAAGGAGCCCACCAUUAUUUUCAUGCCGUUUUUCAACAGACGCAAUUGCAAAGAUGCAGAGGAGGUCAAAGCAAAGAUGGAGGAGUUCUCCACCUUCCAACGUCCCUUCAGCCAGGAGAAGAUUGAGUUUCUGUUGGAGACAGCAAAAGCCAAUGUGAAGAACAACAAGGAAACUCUGCUUAGGGAGAUCAACAAAGUUGUUCUCCGCCGAAAGGAGAGGCUGUGACAGGAUUCCAGUUUUGUUAUUUUAGUUUGCUGUGAACUAAAUUCUAGAUAAAGGCUUCAUUGUGUGUGUGCAGUCAGAGGUGCAAAGAAAACAGUCAAUGCACGAACAUGUUACAUAAUAUCUUAAAUAACUGUUGCGUCAUGUCUUUGGAGUGACACAUAAAAGGUCAUUUAAAAGUGUGCUUAGUUUUUAGUUGUAUCUAUGUUGUAUGUGUAAUGUGUUGUCUGCUUGAUCAAGAGAAAAUCACCCAAUUUGAACAAGUUAACAAAAUCUGCCAGCCAAAAAGGCUCUGCCCUGAAAUUUGUGUGGCAAGUCUUCUGCCACCGUGGGUACUUCAGCAAAGGACACCCCUCCACAGGCACCUCUUCUUCUUUCCCCCAUUAUCCAACUGAUGAAAUGAGAGAGGACAAACUAGUGGUGGCUGUUGCUGGAUACCCAGUGCAACAUAAUUUCAAGCUGCUAGACAAAUCUAAACCCAAAAUAUAAUGCUAAAACAAACAACCUACAGUACAGCAAACAAAUGAUCAAACACUUGACAGGACCAUUUGUAAUACCUGAUGAUCGACA